UCGGUUCUGCAAAAGUUCCAGAGCCAUUUUGCUAAUGUUCCUCCUCGCUGUCAUCCGAGAAACACGGGUAGAAGUGGUCCUAAGUAGCUUGGAGUGGAUGCAGUCUGGACGGGAGCAUGGAGGUAAGUACCGCUUUAAGUUCACCUUGCUAUACGGACUUGUACAAGAGUGGGAACGCUACUAGAUCUACGCAUCGGAAUGGCAAAUCGACCCGCAAUGACAAAACCGGAGGAUGCCCUGAGGCUUGCAUCUACCGAAGUACAAAUAGGUUCCAAUCGCCUCGAUUAUGCUGCAGGACCAAACACCCUUAAGCUGAGAGCUGCAUACUCUCUCAAUUCACCAGCAUGCGUGCCUUCUCGAUCUCUUUCGCUUUGGCGGCACCUCUGCUGGCUCUCGCAGCACCAGCUAAACGUGCAGGCUCUGACCCGACUGUAACACUGUCUUCAGGCGUCAUUGUUGGCACCGCAACUUCAGUGCUCAAUCAACCGAGCGCAACCGGUCUCGUGAACGCCUAUCUUGGGAUUCCAUAUGCUCAGAGUCCUCCUCUUCGCUUCGCGCCACCCACCGCUGCUCAAGCAUGGAGCGAGCCGCUCAUAGCUCAGAAGUUCCCUCCGAGUUGUCUGCAGCAGUUCUUCCCUGGAGAGGCUGGAGUUAAAACCAAAGCGUACUUGAACAACCCGGGAGGACCGCCUCCUGCCGAGAGCGAGGAUUGCUUGUACACGAACGUGUAUGUACCAGAGGGUACCAAAGCGGGCGACAACAAGGCGGUGAUGUUCUGGAUCUAUGGUGGCAACAACCAAUUUGGAACCGGAUCACUUGCCUUCUACAACGGCAGCUCCCUCGCAGUCAACCACGAUGUCAUAAUUGUCACCUUUAAUUAUCGCAUGAAUAUCUUCGGCUUCUCCAACUCCCCCGAGAUUCCAAAGAACUCUCAAAACAGCGGCUACCUCGACCAGCGUUUCGCCCUGCAGUGGGUUCAGGACAACAUCCGAGCUUUCGGCGGUGAUCCAGCGAAGGUCACCAUCUUUGGAGAGUCUGCCGGCGGAUAUGGCGUGAAGCAGCUCCUCGCACAACCUCCUUCUCCUCUCCCAUUCCGCGCGGCCAUCCUCGAAUCUCAAGCCCAAGGAGCGCUCGGCAAUGGCGCCGUCAACUACCCAAUCGUCCUGGCUCACUUCAACUGCGCCGACAUCACAUGUCUCCGCGCCGUACCAGCUCAGGACAUUCUGGACUUCAUCACCGACAACGCCCUCGGCUUCUUCGCAGUCGAGGACAACACAAACGUCAACUCCAACUCUCUCCCAUCCAUUAGUUCCGGGCAGUUCGCCCCGGUGCCCAUCCUCAUCGGCACCAACAAAGACGAGUUUACCCUCUUCCUCGACAUCCUCGGUCUCAACGGUGCUACCUCUCCAUCCCAAGUGCCCGGUCUGCCCGCCAACCUUUCUUUAAUCGCGAAUCCCCUCACAGACCUCUACAACUCCCUCGUGCCGCCGAUCACAACCCCGAUCCUCAGCCGAAUCGCCACAGACGCCGUCUUCACCUGUCCCGCCAGCUCGCUCUCCUCAGCCAUCGUCUCCGCCGGCCGACAGCCAGUCUGGAGAUACCGCUUCGACGCCGACUUUCCCAACGUGAGAUUCUAUCCCAACGCUGGAGCGUACCACAGUUCCGAGAUCCCAGAGGUUUUCGGAACCUACUUCGAGAACGCACAAACGACCACAGCGCAGAGGGAGUUGAGUAAGUACAUGCAAAGUGCGUGGGCUGGAUUCGCAAAGAACCCGACGCAGGGACCUGGUUGGCCAAAGUUGGGUAGCGCAGGCGGGAAGGAGUUGCAACUCUUGGGCUCGAAAGCGAAUGAGAAUGGAGGAACGACUGUGUCGUUGACAGAAGCAGAUGUGGCUUGCCCAUUGAUCUUCCCGGUCGAUGUGGCGGCUGGCUUUGCUUACUAG